UAAUGCCACUGUCAAGUGUCAACGAGUGAAGACUUAACGCCAAAGCAAAGGUUCGGAUUGGUGGAGUCAAUCGUGGGUCCCACUCCGAACCAAAGACAUAGAGAUGUUGUUCUUACAAGAGUUUAGGUUCGGAUAACCGAACCAACGAGAGUGUUUUCCCGCUUUCUCUCUCAUUCUCUGACUACCUUACUCACUUGCUCAAGCAAACCGCGACAGCAUAAAUACUCAAACUCGCUUUCAAAACGAGCCUUUCUCUUUUUGAUUAUCUCUCUAUCUAUCUAUGAUCAUUUCUUCUUUGUGUCUUAGAUUCUGAUUCUUGAUUGGUUUCUCCAUUUUUGGCAAGUUGUUUCUUGAAUUGCAAUAAUGGCUAGCUGGGUUAUUGACAUUGGAGGACUUGCAAAGAAAGUGAAGAAUAAUACACUGCCAUUAGCUGAUCAAAUCAAUGACUGUGGAGCAUAUUGUGAAUGUCCAAUAUGUCAUUAUCACAUUGAUAACAUUGAUGUUUCUCCUGAGUGGCCAGGCUUUCCGGCCGGCGUGAAGUUUGAUCCUUCCGACGUAGAACUGUUGGAACAUUUGGCAGCAAAAUGUUGUGUUGGAAACAAAGUGCCUCAUGCCUUUAUCCAAGAUUUCAUCCCAACACUAGAAGGAGACCAAGGAAUAUGCUACACACAUCCAGAAAAUCUUCCAGGUGCUAAGAAAGAUGGGGCCAGUGUUCAUUUCUUUCACAAAACAACUAAUGCAUAUGCUACCGGACAACGAAAGCGUCGAAAGAUUAAUCAUCAACUAGGCCUAAGUGAGGAGCAUGUUCGCUGGCAUAAGACCGGUAAGACCAAAGCUGUAACAGAAAAUGGAGUACACAAGGGCUUCAAGAAGAUCAUGGUUCUUUACAUAAGGCCUAAAAGAGGUGCAAAGCCGAAUAAAUCGAAAUGGGUGAUGCAUCAGUACCAUCUAGGGAAUGAUGAAGGUGAGAAGGAAGGUGAAUAUGUGGUUUCAAAGAUUUUCUAUCAGCAGAAGAAGAAAACUAAGAAGAAUAAGCUGAAUCCAUUGGUGGCUGAAGAUUCUGUCAUGGCAUUACAAGCAAGUCCAAGAACACCGAAUCCAAAUCCACCAAAACGGCCUCGGACAGGAAAAUCUGUUGACUGUGAUGACAAUUUUGAUGAAACUGACCUUAUGCUAUUCACUCAGGAUGGAAAGCCUACUAUUCAUGGAGAAUCUCUUGCCCCACCACCAUCUGAAGUUCAUGGUGAUGAAAAUAAUGGAGGCUUUAACAACACUGCAUUGUUAUCUGUUGAAACACAACCUGUUGAAAACUCUGACUUUAUUGGAUUGGAUGAUAUCUUACUAUGCAAGGAACAGACAUUAGAUUCUUCUUCUGCUUACCUAAAUGAUUCUGGUUUGAAGUCCAACAAUCUGAAAGGCUUUGCUUGCAAUGCAAAUGGAAAUGCAGCUGAAUUGUUUGGGGAUGUGAAUGAUUGUUAUGGAAUUUCAGUGCUGGAUAACCUGGGACUGGACAGUCCUCCUGAUUUUGAUCUUUCUAAUUUGCAAUUUUGUUCUCAAGACAAUAUCAUUGACCUUCAAUGGCUGGACAUACCAUAAUGUAUUUGCUGAACCAAGUUGUAUUUGACACCAAUGCUAAUCCCAGAAGAGAUAUCAUCAUAUAGUUGAAUCAUUUAGCUUAAGUAGGUGUAAGGUUUUUCUAUAUGUGAACUGUUUCACUCUACCAUGUUGUAUUGUGAGAAGUAUUGUCAUUGUUUGUCUGAGUUUAGAAUUUAGAAUUUAGAACGUAUUGUUGUGAUGAAAUAUUUUAACUAGUAAAUAAAUUGUUGUUUAAUUGUAAUAUGAUAGUUCAUAUUGU